UGACCUCUGUAAAUGCAAAUCGAGUGGUUGUCAUUUUAUUCCAAAGGCCAGGCGCCAUGUCUGCACGGUGCAGACGGUAUGGUAUAUACACAAUGUAUGUUUAUGAUUGCCGAAUCUUUUUCACCAUCGGACUAAACCUCAGUACUUCUAUGUUUUUUUCAACUGAAGUUCAAUGUUGAAGAAGAACGUGGAGUAGUUGAAUUAUCUCCAGUUUUGCAGGGCUUCGAAGAUUUUGCGCAUAUAGGGAUUGCUGGGCUUGUUCAAUCAGAUCUGGGUUUUGAAGAUCUAUUUGUGAUCAUUAAUCCAAGGUCCAUGCCAUGGGUGGGUCAAGGAACUGGUUUAAGACACUACUUGGUCUUAAAAAAUCAGCAAAGACAUCUCAUUCGGACAAACAAGAACAUAAAAACAAGCCCACUGACAUGCCAGAACGGGUCAAGUGUUCAAGUGAAAAAGAUGAAGUGUGUAUAGAUUUGGAAAGCAGGCAAAAUCAGCCUGUUAUCUCUCCUGUGCCAAAUGUCAAUUCAGGUUCAAAUGCAGCUCCUGCCCGUGCAUCAGCUGUUGUUGAUCAAAUAGCAACAACUAAUGAUCAUUUUAAAGGGUCUGCGAGAGAGGAGUCUGCUGCUAUUUGCAUUCAAACUGCAUUUCGCGGCCUUUUGGCCAGGAAAGCUCUUCGUGCUUUGAAAGGGUUGGUGAGAUUGCAGGCCCUUGUUCGAGGGCAGGCAGUUAGGAAGCAGGCAGCCAUGACAAUGCGUUGUAUGCAAGCUUUAGUAAGAGUUCAGGCUCAAGUUCGAGCUCGAAGAGCAUGCAUGGCAAUGGAAAGUUAUCAGCAGAGACUUGAUCAUCAGUUCAUACUGGAUGAAGAUGUCAACAAAUCUGAGGUAGGUUGGUGUGACAGUUUAGGCUCAGUGGAAGAAAUUCAGCAGAGGGCACGGCAGAGGCAAGAGGCUGCUGCCAAACGUGAAAGAGCCAUGUCAUAUGCAUUCUCUCAUCAAUGGCGAGCAACCUCAGGAACUGUCUCUGAACAACAGAUGGGAAGUGAACCAGACAAAACUAAUUUGGGUUGGAAAUGGCUAGAAUUGUGGAUGGCAUCACAGCCAUGGGAGAAUCAAGUUCAUAAUCAAGGUAAGAUGGAUGGUUUGGAGAGCAUUUGUUCAAAUAGCCUGGAGCAGUCUUUUGCUGGAACUCCUGUCCAUUCCCAUUCUAGGAGUCGCUCCUCUGGUAAUGCAAAGGAAUGUCCAAUUGCAGUUGAUCCUCGGGCUAAGAGGAGGCUUUCUCUGCCUAGCCCUGAAAAACCAACCGCCUGCCAGAAGAAUCAUAAGCCACAACAGAAGAUUAAUCAGAGUGUUGAAGGGAAAAAACCAUUGAAAAAGUCAGGCCAGCAAAGCACAAAAGCUGGGCAGGUAACACGUAGAACCAAUCGUGUGGAACCAAUUCGAGUUCUUGGAAAUAAUGUGAAUAAUGGGAACAACUAGCACUGUAUUUAUGGAUGUAAGCUAUCUAUAUGAUCCCCAAAUAAGCCAAGAAAAGAGUUCUUGGGAGAAAAUAUUUCAUACUACUGGCAAGAUGGUGCUUGCUCAUAGGGGUCUACUAUGUUUUUUCUGUAUUUCUUGUUAUUCUAGAGGUAAGUUUUAAAAAAUCCCAUGUCUUUAGAGCCAGUCACAAGGCUGGAUUUGAACUCAAGAAAUCUGUGGGUACCAUGCUGUCAUAUUUCAUUAUCUGGACGGUGGAAGAGUAAAUAUAUAGGCCCGCUCAAGACCACCAUCUCCCAUUAUGAAAUGUGAAUCUGGUGGUUAAAAUGAUUUGAUUGGCUAAUAAUAAAUUUAUUAUAUUAUCAUCGAUUA